AUGGCAGGAAUGGACAAUCUACAGAUAAAUGUCACCCUGACCCCAGAGUCAUUUCCUCAUGGGAAAUUGUUACCAAUUUCACCAACAUGGCCUUUCUCAGAAGUCAAGUCUUCCUCGGCAGCGGACAGAAGCGAGCGUGUGCUGGCACGGUCCCCCGACGACACAGGCUCACGGCAGCCAGCCCGAACUCCUCUGCCCAAGACCCACCGCAGAGCUAGGGCUCCCAUGGACUUCUCCUCGUCCCUUUACCAAGGAAGCGGACACAGCGCCUCCCUUGAACCUCCCAAGGAGUCCUCUGAGCCCCUGGUCCGAGCAAGGCCUCGCACCCACGUGUCAGUGGACUCUUCAGUGACACCCAAGGUAGAACCAACAGUAGCAGCAGCAGCAGCAGAGGCAGCCACCACAUUGUUUUUAAGGAAAUCAAGUCCACCGGUGUUGUCUGCAGCCCUGGUUGGUAAGGGCACUGGCAGCAGCCCUUCGGUGGUGGCAUCAGGAUUAGCCAAGAGCAGUUUGACCACAGAUCUUGCUAAAAAUGUCACAAACAAGUUGGCAUCUGGCCCACAGGCAACACCAGCAGCAGUCCAUACAGCCUUCCCCUUCACGCCAACCUACAUGUUUGCAAGAACGGCACACACCAUGAGCAUGCAUACAGCCAUGCCAGGGAACACGGGCCCUGCCUCUGGCCUGUUGUCCACAACACACCUCCCCAGGAAACCACAAGCCAUGCUCACUGGCCUCCCAAACCCCACCAACCCAGAGAUGCCCAGAGUGUCCACCCCACGUCCGCUGACAAUCACAGCAGCGUUGACGUCCAUCACGGCAUCAGUAAAGGCGACCCGCUUGCCGCCUUGGCCUGCAGAAAACACAGAUGUUGCUCUUUCUGCUGCAUCGGCUGCAGUGGUCACAACUGGGAAAAUGGCCUCCAACCUAGAGUGUCAGAUGUCCAGUAGGCUCCUGGUGAAGACAGUUCUCUUUCUAAGCCAAAGGAGGGUGCAGAUCAGUGAAUCCUUGAAGCUCAAUGUAGCCAAAGGGCUCACGCAGGCAUUGCGCAAGGCUUUCCACCAGAGUGAUGUCUCGGCACACGUGGACAUUCUGGAAUAUUCUCAUAAUAUCACAGUUGGCUAUUAUGCUACCAAAGGGAAGUUGGUGUACUUGCCUGCUGUAGUGAUAGAAAUGCUGGGUGUUUAUGGAGUCAGCAACGUCACUGCAGAUCUGAAGCAACAUACCCUGAAUUUACAGUCUGUGGCAAUACUUGCCUCCCUGUGGAAUCCCCAGCCCGCAGGCUACUUCCAGCUGAAAACAGUGCUGCAGUUUGUGAGCCAAGCAGACAACAUACAGUCCUGCAAGUUUGCUCAGACAAUGGAGCAGAGGCUGCAGAAGGCAUUCCAGGAUGCUGAGAGGAAAGUCCUGAACACCAAAAGCAACUUGAUGAUUCAGAUCGUGAGCACGUCCAACGCCUCCCAGGCUGUCACCUUGGUGUAUGUCGUGGGCAAUCAGAGCACGCUUCUCAACGGCACUGUGGCCAGCAGCCUCCUCAGCCAGCUAUCGGCUGAGCUGGUGGGAUUCUACCUCACCUACCCACCGCUCACCAUUGCCGAACCACUGGAAUAUCCCAACCUUGAUAUAUCAGAAACAACCAGAGACUAUUGGGUAAUUACAGUGCUACAGGGCGUGGACAAUUCGCUGGUGGGCCUGCACAACCAGAGCUUCGCCCGGGUCAUGGAACAGCGCCUGGCCCAGCUUUUCAUGAUGUCCCAGCAACAAGGUCGGCGGUUUAAACGAGCCACCACCCUGGGAAGCUACACUGUGCAGAUGGUGAAGAUGCAGCGUGUGCCAGGACCGAAGGACCCGGCGGAGCUGACUUACUACACCUUGUAUAAUGGGAAGCCCUUGCUGGGAACUGCAGCGGCAAAGAUCCUGAGCACCAUUGACUCCCAGAGGAUGGCCUUGACCCUGCAUCAUGUUGUCCUUCUACAAGCUGACCCCGUGGUGAAGAACCCACCCAACAACCUGUGGAUCAUCGCCGCAGUGCUGGCGCCCAUCGCUGUGGUCACCGUCAUCAUCAUCAUCAUCACUGCCGUGCUCUGCAGGAAGAACAAGAAUGACUUCAAGCCAGACACCAUGAUAAACCUGCCUCAGAGGGCAAAGCCUGUGCAAGGCUUUGAUUAUGCCAAGCAACACCUGGGCCAGCAGGGCGCGGAUGAGGAGGUCAUCCCUGUGACUCAGGAGACAGUAGUCCUCCCGCUGCCUGUUAGAGAUGCUCCUCAGGAAAGGGACAUUGCUCAGGACGGAAGCACCAUCAAGACCGUCAAGUCCACCGAAACCAGAAAGAGCAGGUCGCCCAGUGAGAAUGGCUCUGUCAUCAGCAACGAAUCAGGGAAGCCCAGCUCAGGGAGACGCUCACCCCAGAAUGUAAUGGCACAGCAGAAAGUGACAAAGGAGGAGGCAAGGAAGAGAAAUGUGCCCGUGAGUGAUGAAGAGGAGGGAGCUGUUCUUUUUGACAGCUCUGGCAAGGCGGCUGCAGACCCCUUUGACACGUCUUCUGGGUCCGUGCAGCUCAUCGCAAUAAAACCCACAGCCCUCCCUGUGGCGCACCCCACCGCGGACAGGAGUCAGGAGUCAUCGGCAGUCCUCAACGGUGAGGUGAAUAAAGCCCUGAAGCAGAAGUCAGACAUCGAGCACUAUCGGAACAAGCUGCGCCUCAAGGCCAAGAGGAAGGGAUAUUACGACUUCCCCCCAGUGGAGGUGAACAAGGGUCUGACCGAAAGAAAAAAGAUGUAUGAGAAAUCCCAAAAGGAAAUAGAGCAUGUUUUGGAUCCAGACCCAGAACUGUGUGCUCCAUUCGCCGAGUCUAAAAACAGGCAACAGAUGAAGAACUCUGUCUACCGAAGCCGGCAGUCUCUGAACAGCCCAAGUCCAGGGGAAACCGAGAUGGACCUCCUUGUGACUCGGGAGCGACCCCGGCGUGGAAUUCGUAACAGUGGAUAUGACACGGAGCCCGAAAUCAUAGAGGAAACCAACGUGGACAGAGUUCACGAGCCCCGGGGCUACGCCAGGUCGCGGCAGGUGAAAGGCCACUCGGAGACCUCCACGCUGAGCUCCCAGCCCUCCAUCGACGAGGUGAGGCAGCAGAUGCACAUGCUGCUGGAGGAGGCCUUCAGCCUGGCGUCCGCAGGCCAUGCCGGCCACAGCCGGCACCAGGAAGCCUACGGCUCAGCCCAGCACCUGCCCUACUCGGAGGUGGUGACCAGCGCUCCGGGCACCAUGACACGGCCCAGGGCCGGGGUGCAGUGGGUGCCAACCUACCGCCCAGAGAUGUAUCAGUACAGUCUGCCCCGACCGGCUUACAGGUUUUCCCAGCUUCCUGAGAUGGUCAUGGGCUCUCCGCCUCCACCUGUACCUCCCCGGACUGGCCCUGUGGCUGUUGCUUCUCUCAGGCGGUCCACCUCAGACAUCGGCAGCAAGACCAGAAUGGCCGAGUCCACGGGGCCCGAGCCAGCCCAGCUACAUGACAGCGCCUCCUUCGCCCAAGUGUCCCGAGGCCCCGUGUCCGUGGCGCAGCUGGAUCAGUCGGCUUUAAAUUACUCAGGUAAUACAGUGCCGGCGGUGUUUGCCAUCCCAGCUGCCAGCAGACCUGGCUUCACCGGCUACUUCAUCCCGACGCCUCCUUCGUCCUACAGGAGCCAGGCCUGGAUGUCCUAUGCAGGAGAGAAUGAGCUCCCGAGCCAGUGGGCAGAUUCGGUCCCACUCCCAGGGUACAUCGAGGCUUACCCCCGGUCCCGCUAUCAGCAGAGCUCGCCCUCGCGGCUGCCCCGCCAGUACAGCCAACCAGCCAGCAUGCACCCCAGCCUGGAGCAGGCCCCAGCACCCUCCACGGCUGCCUCGCAGCAGAGCCUGGCGGAAAACGACCCGUCCGAUGCACCCCUGACCAACAUCUCCACUGCAGCCCUGGUGAAGGCCAUUCGGGAAGAAGUGGCCAAGCUGGCCAAGAAACAGACGGACAUGUUUGAGUUCCAGGUCUAAUGCCUUAGCUCCGUGGGACUCUGGACUUGCAAACUCCAAGGAGAUAGUCUUUGGGUGUCUCACGCCUAAAGUGUUGGGACUUGAGAUAUAGACAGUGAGUGAGUAUUUGGCACCCUCAGUUUCUGAUGAGGUGAAUAAUGGGGCUUCUGGAAAACAGGAAACUCUUGAACGAAUGGAUUCUUGGCUUAUUCAAGUGAUUGUGUGUCAAAAAGUCCCCACUUGGGACCUAUGUUUCUACUCUGUUACGUCGAAUGUUUGAACUGGGAGGUUAUUUCCCUAUGGAGCCUUAGUCACAAGAGGCACUAACUGAUCUACAGAUUCCUGUCCAAUGCCAUAUUUUAAUAAAUCACCAAAAGGGGGAGAAUACAGCUCUGUCUUUGGUGACCUCUGCAUGUUAACUCUGUUUCUGUGCUAAAGGCAAAGCAGGAGUGUGGAUUCAGCACCAGACUGUACUCUCUCUCAUUCAGCCGUGACCAUGACCAUUAGAAUCAUCUCUAGUCUGCAAAGGAGACACUGACUCCAGUCAUGAAACUUGAGUCCUUUCUUUCAAAGGUUUGUAUUCAAAGUCGAAUGAAUUGGAUGAAAGUCAGUACCAAUGCCUGCACCUAUAAAUAGUCCUGACUCUCCCCGCUCCCCAUUAAUUAAACAAUGGCUGAGAGAGAGAGAGAGAGAGAGAGAAGAUGAGAGGCAAUGAUGAAUUUGUGUCACAGGUUUUUAAAAAAGUGUUGCCAUUCUGGAAAUAGAGUACCCUACAAGUUGGGAUCUAACUGAAAGAGAAUCGGUGCUAAGAGCUCUUAAGAUUCUAUCAGAGAAAAACAGUUAUUUGUGGAGGUUUUUCUUGGCCCUUCAUUGAAGGUGGCCUGAGAACGGAGCUUCUCUCUUUUUUGAGAUAAUAGAUAACAUCGACUUUUACAAGAAAACCUCUGUUUCUUCAACAAGGAAAUCCAGCAUGUGCUGCCGAGUGGUACAAAAGGAAAUAGUUGAUGAUUACUGUUAGAAACAGGAGUGGUGGAUCCACAGUCUUCCCAGGCUGCAGCCUCUGUUUAUAGAAGCUUCUGAAUGUAGAAAAUCUGUUGAUUUACAUUUAAAUGUAAAUAACCUUUUUUAAAGUGUGUGGAGUUAGCCAGUUCCCCAUAGGUAAUGGACACAGGAGGACACUGGCUGAAAUGACAGGGUCACCUUAUGACCGUGAUGUUGCAAAUCACUGUCCCUGGCAUGGCGAGUUGGCCUCGAGACUCUGGGUGGGGGACAGUGGCUCGAGCACUGAGGCUCCAGCCUCUGACUACGCAGUAACACAAGCAAACCAGCUACUGACUCUGGGUAGCAGAGGAAGAGGGAACACUUUGGUUCCCCCCAACUUUGGAAGCUAUGUGCGGUGUUGGGGGCUUCCUUGGUAUCUGCUGGAGGAUGAGGAAGUCCUGUCCUGCCUUCCCCUGUGAUCCAUCUCGCUUCAGCUCUGUCCAUUCCCUUUUGAGCCCAUCUUUCCAUUGUCCUCAUGAGUUUCUUUGGUCUUUACUGAAAGAAGAAGGUGGAAAUUUUAAAGUUGAGAGAAGAGUAGGAAUGGAACUGAUCAGACUGGGAGAUUCAAACUGUCAAAGCACAGACUUUUCAAAGAAGCUGUUUUUAUUUCCCAAUGGCAAAUUGCCCUUUCUGGAAUGUUCAGAGAUGAUGUGUAAUGAGAUUUCCAAACAAGUCUCUUGUUCGGAUGAUAUUAGGUAGUGUCCUUUUAGUGUGCUGGUUGAUCUUUCAUAGUGUUAGUUUUUUGUUACUUAAAAAGAAAUCAGCUAUAAAUAAAAUGUAUUUUUGUAAUUUCCAUGUGUAUAUAUGGUAUAUUUCUACCAAUGGCCAGUUGUUGUAGUCCAAAACCUAAAUCCGCUUGCAAAACACUGUGGACAGUGCAAGAUUUCAGUGACGGAUUAACACAAUGCCUAAGUCUAUCCAAAUAGGCAGUCAAUGCACUUGAAUGAACAAAGAGCCAAAGAAACUCAGCCUUUUCAUGCAAAUGGUAUGAGUCUGAUAAAGUCAGCUACAUUGUCCCGCUUUAUCAAUAAUAUUAAUAUUUCAUCAGUGCAAUGAUAUCAACCCAGUGCUUUGUCUAUUUGGUAAAUGCCUGGAAAUACUGUAUGUGAAAAUGAAGUUUCAAGACCUUAAUGUGAUUGAAAUAUAUGUAUAUGUUUCAAAAGACAGUGUCUGAGCUUUGGAUGUUCCAGUGACUUUCAGAAAAUGAGUCGAUAGUUUACAGAGGUACAGUUUGCAGAUUGCUAAGAGGAUAGAGCCACAAAUCUCUGUGGUCUUUGCAUCACCCUAUAAAAUAUUGAGUUAUUCAGCUGACACAACUAAAGAUAUAGUGAAUCAGACACUCUCUUAAAGUAGACACUAUGGGUUCAAGAAAAAGUAGAUGAGAGGAAAACCUUAAGCUGAAAAGAAAUCAAUCUGUUCAUGUUUUCCCACCAAUGGGGAGACAGUUGCCAUUGUUUGAUUUUCUGUGACUAAGAUGUGGUCCCUUCUCUGAAGAGUCUCCUGAUGUCUUGGAGGUGACCAAUACCUGGAUAGAUGACUGAGAAAAGGCAGGUGGUCAAAAGUGCCUCAUGGCAGUGAGAACAGGGUUCCAUGAGAGCCCAGAGGAGGUAGCAAUGAACUCUGUGUUUGGGAGAACCCUCCACACAGUCACAGAAGAAGCCACAAAGGACCUCGGUGACCUCAGAAGUGGAAGUGGAAGUCCAGAGAAGUUGAGUGACCGGCCCAAGGAUUCCAGCCAAGCCUGUAAACUCGUGGCGACACAUUCCUUUAACAGUGCCUGGGAGUGGAAGAAAGAGACAAGGGUCAUAUGAGGGACUCCAUAAUGUUCUUGCCAAGAAGAAAGAUGCUUGAGUAUGUAAGGAACUUCAGAUACACUGUAUGGAGGACCACACAUUUGGGGCGUAAUAAACAUUUUCUGGCACUGGU